CUCUUUUUGGCUUUCAUUCUCCUGAUUUUUUUGUUCGAGUAUCGACAGGCUCUCCUGUUUCUUUUUCUCUGUCCUAGGGAAGGACGCGUGCAGCAGCAUCUAAAAGCAUAGAUAAAUGGGUGAAUGAGAUAAAACCAGUGUUAACUUACACUUGUGGCAGAGAUUCGGACCAUGUUUUUUAGUCUCUGGCAGAAGACUUCGGUUUCCAUAUUCAGAUCGCUCUGAGAGGAAGUUUGCCAGGUCUCCAAAGUGUACAAAGAGUUGUUUUAUCUCAACACUGGUAGCAGAUUUUAGUGCCCUAUUGAUCUGUUUAAAGAGCAAAUUAGGGUUUGGGUUUAGGUGGUUGUGAGGGAUAUAUAUAGAUCUGGGUGGUGUAUCGGAUUUGUUGCACUGGAGGCAGGGGGAGCAGACAUGACUUCUUUGAGCAGGGAACUGGUGUUCCUAAUCUUGCAGUUUCUGGAUGAAGAGAAGUUCAAGGAAACUGUACACAAAUUGGAGCAAGAAUCUGGGUAUUUUUUCAACAUGAAGUACUUUGAGGAUCAAGUACAGGCAGGGGAUUGGGAAGAGGUGGAAAGAUACCUGUCUGGUUUCACAAAGGUGGAUGACAAUCGAUAUUCCAUGAAAAUUUUCUUUGAGAUCAGAAAACAGAAAUAUCUAGAGGCACUUGACAAACAAGAUCGGGCAAAGGCUGUGGACAUACUAGUGAAGGAUCUCAAAGUAUUUUCUUCUUUCAAUGAAGAGCUAUUCAAGGAGAUCACACAGCUUCUUACUCUGGAAAACUUCAGGGAAAAUGAGCAGCUGUCUAAAUAUGGGGAGUCCAAAUCUGCAAGAAACGUUAUGCUGAUGGAACUUAAGAAAUUGAUAGAGGCUAAUCCCCACUUUCGUGACAAGCUCCAAUUUCCUGGCCUUAAAGCCUCCCGUCUCAGAACUCUCAUAAAUCAAAGUCUUAACUGGCAGCAUCAGCUUUGUAAGAACCCUCGACCCAAUCCUGAUAUAAAGACACUAUUUGUAGAUCAUACUUGUGCACCUCCUAAUGGAGCUCGAGCACCAACUCCUUCAAAUAACCCUCUUGUCGGGGCACUCCCAAAAGGAGCAACCUUUCCUAUCGCACCCCAUGGUGUGAAUCAGCUGCCAUUUCAACCCACGGGUGCUCCUUCUGCUAGUUCUCUGGGGUGGAUGGCAAGUCAAAAUCCUUCUGCUCCACACCCUGCAGUAGCUCCUGGGCCUGUCUCUCUUACACCACCGCCAAAUGCAGUUGCUUUUCUGAAACGGCCUAGAACUCCACUUUCAAAUGGUCCUGCAGUUGACUAUCAGUCUGCUGAUUCUGAGCAUCUUAUGAAACCUCUUCGAACUGGACAAUCUGAUGAGGUGAACUAUUCGGGUCCUCAUACCAUGUACUCACAAGAUGACCUUCCCAAGACGGUGGCAAAAACCCUCAAUCAGGGUUCAAAUGUCAUGAGUAUGGAUUUUCAUCCUCAGCAGCAAACAAUUCUAUUAGUUGGAACAAUUGUUGGUGACAUUGCAAUUUGGGAGGUAGCAUCUAGGGAAAAGUUAGCUCAAAGGACCUUUAAAGUUUGGGACAUUUCUGCCUGCUCAAUGCCAAUGCAGGCGGCCCUAUUAAAAGAUCCAGCUGUAUCAGUGAACCGUUGUAUCUGGAGCCCAGAUGGACAAGUACUUGGUGUUGCCUUUUCUAAGCAUAUUGUCCAUAUAUAUUCUUAUCAAGGGGCAAAUGAUUUGAGGCAGCAUCUAGAGAUUGAUGCACACGUUGGAGGUGUGAAUGAUAUUGCAUUUUCUCACCCUGGAAAGCAGCUGUGCAUUAUCACAUGUGGGGAUGACAAGACUAUCAAGGUAUGGGAUGCAGUAGCUGGUCGAAAACAAUAUACAUUUGAAGGCCAUGAAGCACCUGUAUAUUCAGUUUGUCCUCACCACAAAGAAAGUAUCCAGUUCAUUUUCUCUACAGCCAUUGAUGGAAAGAUCAAAGCUUGGCUGUAUGAUCUUUUGGGAUCUAGAGUUGAUUAUGAUGCCCCUGGGCUAUGGUGCACAACAAUGGCUUACAGUGCUGAUGGAACACGGCUUUUCUCUUGUGGAACAAGUAAAGAAGGUGAAUCGUUCUUGGUUGAGUGGAAUGAAAGUGAAGGAGCAAUUAAGAGAACUUAUUCUGGUUUCCGAAAGCGUUCCUUGGGUGUUGUACAGUUCGAUACAACAAAGAAUCGCUUCUUGGCAGCCGGAGAUGAAUUUCUAAUUAAGUUCUGGGAUAUGGAUAACAUUAAUAUUUUGACAACUACUGAGGCCGAGGGUGGUUUACAAGCUAGCCCACGCAUUCGUUUCAACAAAGAUGGUAACUUGCUAGCAGUCACAACAAGUGAUAAUGGCAUCAAGAUAUUAGCUAAUGCAGAUGGACUUCGCUUAAUUCGUAUGUUGGAGAGUAGAGCCUUUGAAGCAACUAGGGUUCCUACAGAGGCAAAGGCUCCAAUUGCAAACAUUAUGCCUGCUGCAGUAAAUGCACCCAGUGCCCAUUCUGGUGCAAUGGAACGCACAGAGAGAAUUCCACCAGCGGUGUCUAUGAAUGGCUUUAAUAGUAUAGACAGCAAUCGAACAACAGAUGUUAAGCCAAGGCUUUUAGAGGAUUUGACAGACAAGAACAAGAAUUGGAAAUUGACUGAGAUUACUGAUCAAGUGCAGUGUAAGUCUCUCCGGUUACCAGAUGUGAUGCAUUCAAGCAAGGUUACAAGACUGAUAUACACCAAUUCUGGUAUUUCCGUUUUAGCAUUGGCAUCAAAUGCACUCCACAAACUGUGGAAAUGGCCACGGAAUGAGCGGAAUCCAUCUGGAAAGUCUACUGCCAACAUUCAACCGCAGAUGUGGCAGCCAGCUAGUGGGAUUGUUAUGACUAAUGAUAUUGGUGGCACGAAUCCUGAAGAAGUUGAUGCUUGCAUAGCUUUGUCUAAGAAUGAUUCCUAUGUAAUGUCUGCCUCUGGUGGAAAGGUCUCCUUGUUUAAUAUGAUGACAUUCAAGGUUAUGACUACUUUCAUGGCGCCUCCUCCUGCAGCUACUUUUCUGGCUUUUCACCCCCAGGAUAAUAAUAUCAUUGCAAUUGGGAUGGAAGAUUCAACAAUCCAGAUAUACAAUGUUCGAGUUGAUGAGGUAAAAACAAAGCUUAAGGGCCACCAAAAGAAAAUUACAGGUUUGGCAUUUUCACAUUCUUUGAAUGUGUUGGUAUCCUCUGGGGCCGAUGCCCAGCUAUGUUUCUGGAGCAUAGAUAGAUGGGAGAAGCAAAAAUCAAAAUUUAUACAAGUACAGCCAGGAAGAUCAUCACCACCUGUUGGGGAUACAAGAGUACAGUUCCAUAAUGAUCAAGUUCACUUGUUGGUUGUUCAUGAGAGCCAGCUUGCUAUAUAUAAUGCUUCUAAGUUCGACCGUUUGCGUUAUUGGACACCUCACGAUUCUCUAUCUGCUCCCAUUUCAAGUGCGAUAUAUUCAUGUGACAGCCUCCUAGUAUUUGCAGGCUUCUGUGAUGGUGCAGUAGGUGUAUUUGAUGCUGAGAGCUUGAGGCCACGCUGUCGUAUUGCACCUUCUGCAUAUUUAGCUUCAGGCAUGAAUGGUGUCUAUCCUCUAGUAAUUGCAUCACAUCCAUCUGAACCAAAUCAGUUUGCUCUUGGAAUGACUGAUGGAGGAGUUCAUGUCAUUGAACCUUCAGAAUCAGAAGGAAAGUGGGGUGUGGGACCUCCUCCAGAUAAUGGUACUAUUGGAUCAAAUCCAACAUUAAGCAAUCAAGGUUCAGAACCAGCUCCAAGGUAGUUCAUUGUAUUAGAACCCACAGCACAUGGUGCCUUGCACUACUUUGUUAUGUUUACCACUUGCCUAUCUGCAGCUCCACCUUCGAUAUUGACAGUCCCAUGGCAUCACCGUGCCUAUGGUGUGCUCCAUUUUUUGAGACAAUUUCUGUCAAAAUUGCAAUUUACAAGCUGUAGAGCAGUUGAGAUAGAGCCAAACUAACUGUAAAUUAUGUAAAUGUUAUGUAAAUGAGUUGUUGGGUAGACUGGUUGAUCCCAUUAAUUCGAGGUUGUGUAAAAAUUGGAAGUCUCUCUUAGACUAGUUAUGCAUGUUCUGUUCUGAGGGUUUCUGCAUCUCCAUUUGCAGAAAUCCCUUUUCUUUGUACCACAAGUCUUUAUCAUGGUCGUCUGUAGAAAAAUGUUUUAGAUAGGAGCUAUGUCAGUCUACACAAGUAUAAUAUUUUCUCAACUGAUUCACAAUUUUUGAGAUGAAGUUCAAAUUGCCUUGUGGACUACAGAAGUUUAAUAUAUUUAAUAGUGAAGUUAAAAAUUUUCAGCUUCA